GAGGAGAGGAAGAGAGUGGGAGGAAGCCGAGACGGCGGCCGAGAGCUGCAGUGCUCGCAGAUGGAAGGAAGAGGCUGUUGGGAGAAAGUAAAAAGGGGAAGGCCUCCAAUUAAUAACCUCGUCUUAAUCCUUUGGACUCAUUUCCAAUCUGCGGGGCCUUGGUGACAUCUGCAACACUAAAUAAAGAUUCUCCCGAGCCUUAGCACGGCGGUUCUGUGACAAAUAAGAAGACUAGAGGCAACUUUGGCUGCCAAGCUGCAAGAUUGGUGAGGUUGAGCCGCUUGUUUGGUUCCCAGGAGGGGCCGACAAAGUUAAAUACUCCUGGAAAAGCCAAGUUGGGCCCAGCAGGUGUGGAGCUGCGCAAAUGAGAAGCGGGCGCCGAGAUGUUCCUGAAUAAGUGCGAAGGGGACCUGGGCGAGCUGCGGAAGCCAGGGGACAGCGAGGGGACCCCUCCGGCUGCCGCCGAGGAGGAGCAGCCCAAGAAGAAGCACCGGCGGAACCGCACCACCUUCACCACCUACCAGCUGCACGAGCUGGAGCGCGCCUUCGAGAAGUCCCACUACCCCGACGUCUACAGCCGCGAGGAGCUGGCCAUGAAGGUCAACCUGCCAGAGGUCCGCGUGCAGGUCUGGUUCCAGAACCGGCGAGCCAAGUGGAGGCGUCAGGAGAAGAUGGAGGCCAGCUCCAUGAAGCUCCACGACAGCCCCAUGCUCUCCUUCAACCGGCCGCCCAUGACAGCCAACGUGGGGCCCAUGAGCAACUCUCUCCCGCUCGACCCGUGGCUGACGUCGCCCAUCUCCAGCGCCACCCCGGUGCACAGCAUCCCCGGCUUCAUGGGGGCCCCCCAGGCCCUGCAGCCCCCCUACGGUGGGCACUCCUUCCUCAACACCCCCCCAGGGAUGGCGCAAGGCAUGCAGCCCAUGGCCCCCGCGCCCUACCAGUGCGGCCCCCCCUUUGUGGACAAGUACCCACUGGAGGACGUCGACCAGAGGAGCUCCAGCAUCGCCUCGCUCCGCAUGAAAAGCCAAGGAGCACAUUCAGACCAUUGACAAAACCUGGCAGCCCAUUUGAUGAAAGCUUCCCCGCCUCCCUGCCCCCCCCACUGCCCCCCCCCGCCCCCGCAGGCUCCCGUCCCCAGGCUGUGUGACACCAGGGGUGACAGUGGGAUGCUCAGCAGGACCAAAGCCAGCGCGGGGCAGGGACGGGGCAGAGAUGCUGGGCUGUGACUGCGCUGCCCCCGGACCAGCACCGUGGGCACAGGGCAGCGAGGCGGGGUGCUGGCGGGACCCCACCCCGGGGAGCACCCCAGCAGCCACCCAUGUCCCGCGCAGCCUCCCUCGUGCAGCCGCGCACAGAAGACCCCAGCCCGGGGCUCCGCAGCCCUGACCUUUAUCGUUAAUGUUGGGUUUGUUUGUUUGUUGUUUUUCUUUUUUUAUGCUGCAGAUUUGAACACAAAUGAACAGAAACGCUCUAGUUUCGUAGGGAAUAUCGGGGGGGGUGGGGGGGGUUAGCUGCAUCGGGGCACGACGCUGGUUGUGCGCAGAGAGACGGGUGUAUUGCGAGUAAAGAGAUGAGCUGAACGGGUGCGUCGCACUCGAGUCAGGCACUGCCGCUAGCCAGGAUGCGGGAAGGAGCUUUCCAGGGAAAUCGGCUUUUCCCUCGCCCACACUUGGCAUCUGCAGGGAAAAUCCGCCGUCCCGGUGCACCCAGCCAUCGCACGCAGGGCUCGGUCCCCACCGGGUGACCGGAUCCGGCCCCGCCGCCUGGCUCCGCGUCCCGGCUGCUUGUCAGGGGGAAUCUGCUCCGCCGUCACUCCAUGCUGUGCUGCCCUAAUUGCUCUCCAGCAGUGCCGGCGUUGGAGGCACAAAGCUGCCGUAAUUGCUGGGCAGGGGGUGGCCACACGGCCCCCAGUGGGGCCCGCCGGGAGUGGGGCAGUGGGGCAGCAGCGUCCCCGUGGGGUACCUGGGGGGGCCGUGGUGCCAGGUGGGAGCAGGGAGAGGAGGGUGGCGAUGUGCUGUGUCCCCAGCCUGGCCCCGCAGUGGCACUGGGGAGGGCGCAUAGCCGGUGUCACCGUCACCGGGCAGCGAGGGCCAGCACGGCCCCAGUGGGGAUAAGCGAGCUCAGGAUGGCUUUAGGAGGCUCGUGGUCGGGACAGGCAGGGGCUGGUCCGGGCAAACGGGUGUGCUGUCACCCAUGGAGGCAGAGAGGAUGCUCCUGGGAAAGCAAGACCAAGAGGAGACAUUUCCCCAGAAAUAUUUCCUGCUACAGAACCAACAACUACCACGACACCGUGUCCCCACCUUGCCUCCAAGGCCCAGAAGGGAGCAGACCCUGCUCAGCACCAGCACCCCCAGCCCCCAGCCCAGCCCCAGCGGGUCCCAGCCCCUCGGGAGCCCCAGGGACAGCGCUGAUGUCCCCACAGUCCUGGUGGCACUGGGGUCAGGUGGGAGCAGCAGCAGUGACACUGGGCCAGCCAAGGCGCUGACCCCGAGGGGACCCGGCUCCUUGUCCCCGUCCCCCGGCUGCUGCUGCUCGUCUGCUUCGUUAGUGAUAAUUAAACCUUUAACAACCC